UGGCUUUUAGAAAACCGUUGCGUUGCGCUUGCGCUUUAAACACAAGUUGCUUUGUUCGUGCGAUUAUUUUUUAUAUGUAUCGAAUGCAAGAACCCCGCAAGUGGCCGGAUUAAUUGCCACACAUGUCGACGACGACAUCGACAUCUCGGCGCGGCAUGGGUAGAGCGCGUUUUCUUGCGAUCCGCGCGAGAGUGAAAGUGAUUAGAAGACUUCUUACUCAGAUUAAGCCGCAGACCGUUGCGACGCACGCACGGUAUCAGUACAUUUUUAAAUUUUCACUAUCAACGUGCAAAAAUUCUCAAAAACAGAUUAUUUGAUAUAAAUUUUAGUUAAAGUUAGGUUAUAGUGAAAUAAAAUUAAAAUGGAGGGUAGUUUGCGUGUGCAUAUAAGGUUGCCUAGUAUAACCUGUGUUGUGAUAGCCCUUUGUGCACUUUCUCAAACAGUCAGUGCAUAUUUAACAGAACAACCUGAUUACGUGAAGACGUGCAACAUCAACGAGCCGAACUUCAUCAACUGUUCGACACAUGCCGUCCAGUUAUUAUUCAAUGAAUUGCCGCGAGGCGUUCCGGAAAUCGGCUUGGAGCCGCUGGAUCCGCUGCGCGUCAAGAGGAUCAAAAUCCUCCAAGGCGCAGGACCAGUCAACGUCAACGCAUCACUAUCAAACGUAACCGUAGUAGGCUUUGCACACACGAAAAUCGUCGAAAACCGUGUUGAUCCAGUCACAUACGACUUCCAUACGGAUUUACGCCUACCGCGCCUGCGCAUCGAUGGCCGCUAUGUCCUCCUCGGUCGUAUUUUGGUUAUUCCACUGCGUGGUAUUGGUCAGUGUUGGUUCGACGCACGUAACCUCGAAAUAAGCGCGAAAUCAAAAGUGAAAAUGAUCAAACGCGGAGAAUUUCAUUUCUUCAGCGUACAGGGCAUUACAGUAAAAUUCCAAAUCGGCGGAUUACGUCUGCAUCUUGGUAAUUUAUUCGAUGGAAUCAAAGCGUUGGAAGAAACAACAAAUGCUUAUUUAAAUGAAAAUUGGCGACUGGUUGCCGAUUCACUUAACCCUAUUUUAGCGAAAACCAUCGAGGAUAUCAUGUUGGAUAUUUUGAAGAAAGUUUUCGAUAAUGUACCAGCGGACUUUUUGUUAAUGGUAUCAAAGAAGAACUUGUUAAAGAAUUCCUCCCUGCAUGAUAAUUUGGAGUAAAUUUAGUUGUAUAUACAGAGUGUUCGUAGAUUUUGUAGAUUUGAAUCUGUUUAUAGAAUAUUUCUGGAACAUUUCGUUAAGUAUCUAGACAUUUAGAUCGUAGAGGAUAAAUUUAGACCUUUUGACACAGAUAUUAAGCAUAUUUCCACUGCGCGUUGGCCGCACGCAUAAAACGUUAAAUUUAACUUUUCGUAUCAACAAAUUUUCCACUUGUAAACGUGCAAAAUUCCAGAGUUUCACAUGAAAAUGUUAUGGGUUGCAUAUAUUGCGCCUAUUUAUUAAUCUUAUCUUUGUAAAAAACAUUUGUAUCUUAAUAAACUUUUUUUUGUA